AGCCCAAUCUCAGAACCUUCUCUCUCCUCGAAUAACCCCUCUCUCUCUCUCUCUCUCUCUGGAUCUCGAUUUCCUCGAUUUAGAUCGGUGUUUUGGGCUGCUACACCUGUUAUAAUCGCAGGUGUGCGCUUCGUGACUCGACAUGGAGACCGUUCCUAAUGAGAAUAACGCGUUGGUUAACUUAGACCUUCAGCCGGUGUUUUUAGACUCACCGAACAAUAUGGAAGCAACACCUAACAAACGUAGAAAGAAGAAAUCGAUUGUUUGGGAGCACUUCACGAUCGAAAAUGUGGGUGCGGGGUGUCGAAGGGCUUGUUGUAAGCAAUGCAAGCAAUCGUUCGCUUACAGUACCGGUAAUAAAGUUGCGGGCACGAGUCAUCUGAAACGCCACAUUGCAAAGGGAAGUUGCCCGGUAGUGUUGCGGAAUCAGGAGCGGGACCUGUCGUCCCCGUUUAGCGCGCCACCGAAGAUCGGUAGUAACGCCAUGAAUCCUGCCAUUGAACCACCAAAGCGACGUUACAGAACUGCCACCGCCCCUUUCUUUGCGUUUGAUUCCGACCGGUGCCGCCAUGAGAUAGCUCGAAUGAUCAUAAUGCAUGAUUACCCGCUUCAUAUCGUUGAACACCCGGGGUUCAUGGCGUUUGUGCAGAACCUUCAGCCGCAGUUCGAUAUGGUGAACUUUAGCACGGUUCAAGGCGAUUGUGUGGCGACUUAUCUUAGAGAAAAACAGAGCAUUCAGAGAUUAAUCGAAGGAAUGCCCGGCCGGAUUUGUCUUACACUCGACCUCUGGAAUUCAUGCCAAACCACCGGAUACGUUUUUGUUACAGGACAGUUUGUUGAUAGCGACUGGAAGAUUCACCGGAAACUUCUGAACGUUGUGAUGGAGCCGUACCCCGAGUCUGAUUCAGCUUUCAGCCAUGCCGUUUCUUCGUGUCUUUCCGAUUGGAAUAUGGAGGGCCGGUUAUUCUCGCUAACGGUAAACCAGCCGUUGAGUGAAAUUGGGAUUGAUAGUCUCCGAGGGUUGUUAUCAGAAAAGAACCCGAAUAUUCUCGGUGGUCAGUUGUUGCUCAGAAAUUGCCUUGCUCGUUCUCUAAGCGGGAUUGCCCAAGAAGCGCUAAAGGCGAAUCACGAAACCGUCAAGAAAGUUCGAGAUUGUGUUAAGUACGUGAAAACCUCGGAAUCUUUAGAGGAGAAAUUUCUCAGCCUCAAGCAACAACUUCAAGUUCCGAGCACGAAAAUGCUAGCGCUUGAUGAUCAAACUCAAUGGAAUACAACUUAUGAAAUGUUAUUAGCGGCUUCGGAGUUGAAAGAGGUGUUUUCGUGCUUAGAUACUUCAGAUCCCGAUUACAGUAAAGGCCCGACUGGUGAAGAGUGGAAACUCGUCGAAAAUUUGUGCACGUAUUUGAAGCUUCUUUUCGACACUGCAAUUCUGCUAACUGCAUCGAGCAUACCGACAACAAAUACGUUCUUCCACGAAGCUUGGAAGAUUCAGCUCGAGCUAGCAAGGGGAACAACAAGUGACGAUCUCGCCAUCAGCCGCCUUACGAAACCGAUGCAAGAGAAUUUCGAUAAGUACUGGAAGAGCUGCUGUCUGAUCUUGGCAAUCGCCGUGGUGAUGGACCCACGAUUCAAAAUGAAGCUCGUCGAGUUUAGUUUCACGAAGAUUUACGGCGACGAUGCUGCGACUUAUAUCAAUAUUGUUGACGAAGGGAUCCAUCAGCUUUUUCUCGAGUAUGUGGCGCUGCCAUUGCCGCUCACCACCGCUUACCUCGAGGAGGCAAAUGGCAUGCCUGGGGCGGUCGGAGAUGUGAAAAUGGAGGACGGGAUGACGGGGAUGAGCAACGGGCUCGGGUUGACUGAUUUCGACGUGUAUAUCAUGGAGACGACGAGCCAACAAUCGAAGUCCGAGCUCGAUCAGUAUUUGGAGGAGUCGCUUUUGCCGAGAGUCCAUGAGUUUGAUGUGGUCGGGUGGUGGAAACUGAAUAAGGUGAAGUACCCGACGCUAUCGAAGAUGGCUCGGGAUAUUUUGACGGUUCCGGUGUCGACGGUGGUUCCGGAAUCGGUGUUCGAGACGGGUCGGAAGGAGAUGGAUCGGUAUCGAUGCUCGUUGAGGGCGGAGACGGUGGAGGCGUUGGUGUGUGCUAAGGAUUGGCUUCGUGGUGAAACCAUAGAUACAGCAAAUGCCAUGAUUAAGAUGGAGUUUCCAAUUUAAGUUAAUAUUAAUACAUAUGUAUUAGUAGUAGAAACUGGUAACAUUGUAUUGGAACCUUUAUUGUACAAUCUGAAGGAAUUAAAAUUAUGAAUUGG